CAGGGUAGACAGAAAACUCAUGGAGACAGGAUCCAAGAGAGGUCUAGGUACUAACUAGAUCAGGGUCCACCACAUCAGGGUGGUGGAAUGGGACAGAACCUCAGAGACCUGAGUCCAAAGGCAUGGACAGGGUGAAGGAAGGCUUGGAGAAAGCAGAGGUACGGGGUUGUCAUUUCACAGUGUGAGUUCCUGCAGGGUGGGUGUUCCAGUUUGCGCACACAUAUGGGAGAAGAUGCUGCAGGACCUGGACAUCGCUGUGUGGCUGGCCUCGGUGCACCUGGAGCAGUAUGCAGACGCGUUCCGGCAGCAGGGUCUGGCUACGGCGGGUGCGGCCCGUGGCCUGGGCCACGGGGAGCUGAGGCAGCUGGGCGUCAACGCCACGGGGCACCGGAAGCGCAUCCUGCGCCUGCUGCAGGCAGGCACUGCCGAGGGCCCCCCGGAUCCCCAGCCCGAAAGUGCCAUGGAGCCUUCGCCCAGCCCAGCACCCCCAGCCCAGCCCACCAAGCCUGUGCCUAAGCCCAGGACAGUAUUUGGUGGACUCAGUGGCUCUGCCACCACCCAGAGGCCUGGGUUGAGUCCAGCCGUCUGGAGACCAGAGGCAUCCAAGAGCCCAGAGCCCAGCCUGAGUCCGAAGUCCCCUACUGUCCCUCCGAGGUCCUCCUCCGAGCAGCCGUCGGCCUCAAAUACUGUGGAGAUGAUGCCCAAUGCCAUCUACUUUGGCUUGGACUUAAGAGGAGGGGCCCAGACAGCUCAGGACAUGGCCCCAGACGGCUCUCAGACAGCUGCCCCCACCCCUGCCCUCAGGCCCACAACGGGCACAGUGCACAUCAUGGACCCUGGUUGCCUGUACUAUGGUGUCCAGCCUGUGGGGGUCUCAGGGGCCCCUGACAGAAGAGAAGGCAGAGGUGUCUGUCAGGAAAGGGCUGAACACAGGCUCAGCAGGCCGGAUCUGGAGGCACGUGAGGAUGCUGGUUAUGCCAGCCUUGAGCUGCCCGGGGACUCCACCCUCUCCCUGCCCACCCUGGACACAGAGACCAACGAUGACCUCAUUUCACCCUAUGCCAGUUUCUCCUCCACGGCAGACCGCCCCACGCCCCUGCUCAGUGGCUGGCUAGACAAGCUCUCCCCUCAGGGAAACUACGUCUUUCAGAGGCGCUUUGUGCAGUUCAACGGGAGGAGUCUGAUGUACUUUGGCAGUGAUAAGGACCCCUUCCCCAAGGGCGUGAUCCCUCUGACGGCCAUUGAGAUGACCCGCAGCAGCAAGGACAACAAGUUCCAGGUCAUCACCGGCCAGAGGGUGUUCGUGUUCCGCACAGAGAGUGAGGCUCAGCGGGACAUGUGGUGCUCCACGCUGCAGUCCUGCCUAAAGGAGCAACGCCUCCUGGGCCACCCCAGGCCCCCGCAGCCACCUCGACCCCUCCGCACGGGCAUGCUGGAGCUGCGUGGGCAUAAGGCCAAGGUGUUUGCUGCGUUGAGCCCCGGAGAGCUGGCCCUGUACAAGAGUGAGCAGGCCUUCUCUCUGGGCAUCGGGAUCUGCUUCAUUGAACUACAAGGCUGCAGUGUGCGGGAGACCAAGAGUCGCAGCUUUGACCUGCUCACACCACAUCGCUGCUUCAGCUUCACAGCCGAGUCUGGGGGGGCUCGGCAGAGCUGGGCGGCCGCUCUGCAGGAAGCAGUAACCGAGACCCUGUCUGACUACGAGGUGGCUGAGAAGAUCUGGUCCAAUCGGGCAAACCGGCAAUGCGCGGACUGUGGCGCCUCCCGCCCAGACUGGGCCGCGGUCAACCUGGGAGUGGUCAUCUGCAAGCAGUGCGCAGGUCAGCACCGGGCCCUGGGUUCUGGGAUCUCCAAGGUGCAGAGCCUGAAGCUGGACACAAGUGUGUGGAGUAAUGAGAUAGUGCAGUUGUUCAUUGUCCUGGGAAACGAUCGUGCCAACCGCUUCUGGGCAGGGUCACUCCCCCCUGGUGAGGGGCUGCACCCAGAUACCCCCCCUGGCCCUCGGGGAGAGUUCAUCUCUCGGAAGUACCGGCUCGGUCUCUUCCGGAAGCCCCACCCUCAGUAUCCAGAUCAUAGCCAGCUUCUCCAGGCACUGUGCGCAGCUGUGGCAGGACCCAACUUGCUGAAGAACAUGACUCAGCUCCUCUGUGUCGAGGCUUUUGAGGGAGAGGAGCCCUGGACCCCCUCAGCCCUCGAUGGCAGCUUCCCUAGUCUCCUGCCCCCAGACCCCUCCCCUGGCGUGUACAAUGAGGUGGUGGUGCCUGCCACUUAUAGCAGCUUCCUGUACUGUGGUCCCAUCAGCAACAAAGCUGGACCCCCACCUCCUCGCAGGGGCCGAGAUGCUCCCCCCCGACUGUGGUGUGUCCUGGGUGCGGCUCUGGAAAUGUUUGUGUCGGAAAGCAGCCCUGAACCCCUCCACCUCAUCCAGCCCCAGGAUGUUGUAUGUUUGGGUGUGAACCCCCCACCCACUGACCCAGGUGACCUCGACAGGUUCCCCUUCUCCUUCGAGCUCAUCCUCACCGGGGGGAGAAUUCAGCAUUUUGGCACAGAUGGAGCUGACAGCCUGGAGGCCUGGACCAGUGCCCUGGGCAAGUGGUUCUCCCCACUGAGCUGUCACCAGCUGUUGGGCCCUGGGCUGCUGCGGCUGGGUCGCCUGUGGCUGCGGUCCCCCUCCCAUGCCGCCCUGGCCCCUGGCCUCUGGAUGUCUGGGUUCGGACUUCUUCGUGGAGACCAUCUCUUCCUGUGCCCAGCGUCAGGCCCUGGCCCCCCAGCCCCUGAGGACAUGGUGCAUCUGCGCCGGCUACAAGAGAUCAGUGUGGUCUCAGCAGCUGACACCCCAGACAAGAAAGAGCAUUUGGUUUUGGUGGAGACAGGAAGGACACUGUAUCUGCAGGCAGAGGGCCGGCUAGACUUCUCAGCAUGGAACGCGGCCAUUGGGGGGGCAGCCAGCGGGGGAGGCACAGGGCUGCAGGAGCAGCAGAUGAGCCGGGGUGACAUCCCCAUCAUCGUGGAUGCCUGCAUCAGUUUUGUCACUCAGCAUGGGCUCCGGCUGGAGGGCAUAUACCGGAAAGGGGGUGCCCGUGCCCGCAGCCUGAAGCUGCUGGCUGAGUUCCGGCGGGAUGCCCGGUCUGUGAAGCUCCGACCAGGGGAGCACUUUGUGGAAGAUGUCACCGACACGCUCAAACGCUUCUUUCGAGAGCUUGAUGAUCCUGUGACCUCUGCACGGUUGCUGCCUCGCUGGAGGGAGGCUGCUGAGCUGCCCCAGAAGAACCAGCGCCUGGAGAAAUACAAAGAAGUGAUUGGCUGCCUGCCACGGGUCAACCGCCGCACACUGGCCACCCUCAUUGGGCAUCUCUAUCGGGUGCAGAAGUGUGCUUCUCUGAACCAGAUGUGCACGCGAAACCUGGCACUGCUGUUCGCGCCCAGCGUGUUCCAGACAGACGGGCGGGGGGAGCACGAGGUUCGAGUGCUGCAGGAGCUCAUCGAUGGCUACAUCUCUGUCUUCGAUAUCGACCCUGAUCAGGUAGCCCAGAUUGACUUGGAGGUCAGUCUCAUCACCACCUGGAAGGAUGUGCAGCUGUCCCAGGCUGGAGACCUCAUCAUGGAGGUCUUCAUAGAGCAGCAGCUCCCAGACAACUGUGUCACCCUGAAGGUGUCCCCAACACUGACUGCUGAGGAGCUGACCAACCAAGUAUUGGAGAUUCGGGGGACAGCAGCUGGGACGGACUUGUGGGUGACAUUUGAGAUUCGAGAGCACGGGGAGCUUGAGCGGCCACUGCACCCCAAGGAAAGGGUCCUUGAGCAGGCCCUCCAAUGGUGCCAGCUCCCAGAGCCCUGCUCAGCCUCCCUGCUCCUGAGAAAAGUUUCUCUGGCCCAUGCUGGCUGCCUCUUCACAGGUAUCCGGCGUGAGAGCCCACGAGUGGGGCUGCUGCGGUGUCGGGAGGAGCCACCCCGCUUGCUGGGAAACCGCUUCCAGGAGAGGUUCUUUCUGCUGCGUGGCCGCUGCCUGCUGCUGCUCAAGGAGAAGAAGAGCUCUAAACCGGAACGAGAGUGGCCUUUGGAAGAUGCCAAGGUCUACCUGGGAAUCCGCAAAAAGUUCAAGCCUCCCACCCCGUGGGGCUUCACAUUGAUCCUGGAGAAGAUGCACCUCUACCUGUCCUGCACAGACGAGGACGAGAUGUGGGACUGGACCACCAGCAUCCUCAAAGCCCAGCACGAUGACCAGCAGCCAGUGGUCUUACGACGCCAUUCCUCCUCUGACCUCGCCCGUCAGAAGUUUGGCACCAUGCCUUUGCUGCCCAUCCGUGGGGAUGACAGUGGGGCCACUCUCCUGUCUGCCAAUCAGACCCUGCGGCGACUUCACAACCGGAGGACCCUGUCCAUGUUCUUUCCAAUGAAGUCAUCCCAGGGGUCUGUGGAGGAGCAGGAAGAUCUGGAGGAGCCUGUGUAUGAGGAGCCGGUGUAUGAGGAAGUUGGUGCCUUCCCUGAGUUGACCGAGGAUAUCUCCACCUCCUUCUCUACCCCACGGGAGCGGACAGCCAAGCUGGAGACCCCCCUCCCCAGCCAGAGGUCCUUUGAUCAAUAUCUUCUGUCCAAAGCAGGCCCCCAGGGCUGGGAGGAGAGGCCGCCUGAGCCCCCUCCGGGCCCCCCUUCCAAGAGCAGCACCCAGACACAUGGGUCCCUGGAGGAGCAGCUACUCCAGGAGCUGAGCAGCCUCAUCCUGAGGAAGGGAGAGACCACCGCAGGCCUGGGCAGCCCUUCUCAACCCUCCAGCCCCCAGCCCCCGAGCCCCAAUGGCCUUCCGACACAGACACCUGGCUUCCCCACCCAAACUCCCUGCACUUCAAGUCUACCCCCCAGCCAGCCCCUCACAUGACUCUGGGACAGCGGUCUGAGGGGUAGGUAAUCAAAGACCCAAGCUCUCCCCGUGGCAGACACUGCCGGGGCACGUCUGCCCUGGCUAGAAAGACUCUACAGAGUCCAGUCUGGUGCUGUGGAAGGAGCACAGGGCCAAGAGCUCCCGAGACAGCAUCCGGCUCAGAAAAGAGGCAGGUCAUGGCGCCGCUCUCAGCCUCCACUGACUCACCUGUACCAUGAAGUAACUGAAAUAAGCAGAACAAUGAAUGUCAAACUGUUUCUCAGAACUGUAAGCCCCACAUAGUUUCCCUCAAGAAGGGUAAUUCCUGCUUUAUGUAUUUGAUAUGUAGGGGUUCUGUGAGAGAUUUGGGGUUUGAAAAGAAUUGUUUUAUGCAUUAACAGUAAAAAGAUUUGGAAGGCAAACUUUUUUUUUUUUUGGCCACACCACUCGGUAUGCGGGAUCUUAGUUCCCCGACCAGGGAUCAAACUGGCAUACCCCUGCAGUGGAAGCAUGAAGUCUUAACCACUGGACUGCUAGGGAAGUCCCUGGAAGGCACAAAUUUGAAUGAUCUCCAAGUUUAUCCUACCCCACCUUCAACAUUCAGAAACUACAGUGAAGCCCUAGAGUGGGAGGUUGAUUAGGGUUGGGAGCUGGGGCAAAGAGAAGCCCAAAAGGAUAGGUCACUGUUAAUAAACCUUGAAACAAAAA